UAACCAGUAGGUUGCUCAAGCACCAGCAGUUUUUCCCCUAUCAAAAACAGGAAAAGGUACUUUGAGCCUUUGUCCUGCUCGGGCAAUCAGACCCGCUGCAGCGAGUUGCCCCUAAACAUUCCAGUUUACAACUGCCUUCAGGAUUGCCGAGAUGGAUAAAGAAAAUCUGUCCGUGGUGCUGCAUUCUCCUGGCGAUCUCAGAUUGGAACAUCUUCCUGUUCCUGAACCAGGUCCAAAUGAGGUCCUUCUGCAGAUGCACUCGGUUGGCAUCUGUGGCUCGGACGUGCACUACUGGCAGCACGGGCGCAUCGGUGACUUUGAGGUGAAGAAGCCCAUGGUGCUGGGGCACGAGGCCUCGGGCCGCAUCCUCAAAGUGGGGCCAGGAGUCAAGCACCUCCAGCCAGGUGACAGAGUUGCCAUCGAGCCCGGAGUGCCUCGCGAGAUGGAUGAGUUCUUCAAAGCUGGGCGUUACAACCUGUCCCCCACAAUCUUUUUCUGUGCCACACCCCCGGAUGAUGGGAACCUGUGCCGAUACUACAAGCAUAGCGCCAACUUCUGUUACAAGCUGCCUGACAGUGUAACUUUUGAGGAGGGAGCGCUGGUUGAGCCUCUGUCAGUGGGCAUCCAUGCCUGCCGCAGAGGGGGCGUGACGCUGGGAAGCACCGUGCUAAUCUGCGGAGCAGGGCCGAUUGGACUCGUCUGUCUGCUGGUGGCCAAGGCUAUGGGCGCAUCACAGGUGGUGAUAAGCGACCUGUCGGCGGAGCGGCUGACGAUGGCCAAGGAGCUCAGUGCCGACUUCCUCCUGGAGGUUAAAAGGGGCGAUGCGCCAGACGAGCUAGCCAGGAAGGUGGAAGGCCUUCUGGGCAGCCAGCCUCACAUCACUAUUGAAUGCACGGGUGUGGAGAGCAGCGUGCAGACAGCCAUCUAUGCAACCCAUCCAGGUGGAGUAGUGGUUCUGGUGGGUCUGGGCUCUGAGAUGACAACUAUCCCACUCCUCAGUGCUGCUGUCAAAGAGGUGGACAUCAGGGGUGUUUUCCGCUACUGUAACACGUGGCCGAUGGCAAUCGCGAUGCUGGCGUCCAAGAGGGUGAACGUGAAGCCUCUGGUGACGCACCGCUUCCCGCUGGAGCAGGCAGUGCAGGCCUUCGAGACCACCCGCCAAGGCCUUGGGGUCAAGGUCAUGCUCAAGUGUGACAAGAACGACCAGGGUCCAUGAGCGGGAGCGCAGCCGGUUAUCCACACCACCGCGGCAAUUGGUGGAGCACUAUAGAAUUACCGAGCCCUUCCCACAAUAGCUAUUCCUUUUCAGGGAAAACAUUCUUUGGCAGAGUACAAUUGAUUGUUCUGUGUCCUGGCAGUAUUGAGUGUAGAAGGUAAAAUUCCAGUUUGUGCUGGAAUGUUUGGUAUCAUGAGAGUCAGAUACAGCCCCUCCUUUGUUUAGUCUAAAUGAGUGCCCUUUGUAAACAUGAUAACAACUGCAAACACUUUUUUGUUCUUCAGAGAAGCCAUUAAGAAACAAUUGAUAAAACAGCCAUUAAAGAGUGUUUAUUUUGUAUGUCAAAUUCAUGGACUGAAAUCUCUGGUUUAAAAAACAAAUGUUCAGCAUUAAACUUGAUUUUGAUCAGGCCAAGUAACUCAGUAAAGAAAGCAUCUGAUUGCUAGGAAUUAAAGAGUAUUCAAAGACAAGGGCUGUCCACAGAAGCUCUCUAUAUAUGAUGUGAUUCUUCAAACAUACAA